AUGAAGCAGGACGCAACGACGAAGCCAAAAAAAGAAAUCUUAAAAUUAUUUCCGAACAAUGAGCCAUUUCAAACUCCCAAACCGGAAAGACUGCUAAAAAGAAUUAUCCAAAUCGCUACGAAUGAAGACGAUAUCGUGCUGGAUUAUUUUGCUGGUUCUGGAACUACCGCUGCCGUGGCUCAAAAAUUAAAGAGAAACGGAUUUACUUAUUUUUCAGUGGAAAAAUCUAUGUUCGACACUCAUUCCGGAAUAAUUUGCUUGGCUGAAAAUGUUUUGAAUGGUAAAUUAGCGAAAUUGGUGGCGACCCAGUUAGAGUAUGAUUACCAGCCGGAAAAUGAAUAUUUUUGCGGCAAAAAAGGAGAUGUUUUAUUAGCAGUAGUGGAAGGCAUGUUAACGGAUGGAUUGUUAAACUUUUUGCUGAAUUCAAAUCCUGAAUAUUUUCGUUAUGGAAAAGAAAAAGGUGUGUGGGUUUUUCACGGAAUUGUUGGAACAACUAAUGACAGAACAAUCAGGGAAUCAUGA